AUGGACACGAAGAGGAAGAGCGCGGCAGAUGACGAAAAAGCGCAAAGAUAUAAGAACAAUACAAGAAUAGUUGCUGGCUUGCUGUAUAUCUGCGAAGAUAAAACAGAUCUGAAUGAUAAUUUAACAGAGAUAAAUGAAGAAAAUAUGGUACAGCGUUUUACUAAACAACAUCACAUUGCAAUUUAUCUAUUCUGUUUGGCUGUUUUGCAUCUUUUAGCUUGGAUAUUUUUCAUAUCUGCCACAAUCUUUUGGUUAACCGAUAAAGGUAAUGACGAAAUCGAAUGGUGCAAUGGAUAUGGAAUAUUAGUUUUAAUUUAUUUUUUUACUUAUGGUAGUAUAUUGUAUCGAUCGGUACUUAAAAGUCUAUUUUUGAAACCAUUGUAUCGAUUAUUACAUUGUCAUCGGUCAUGGAGAAAAUACUCUUUUACAGGAGAAAUUGCCCUCUGUUCUGCAAUUGUAUUUGCAAUUGUUAUAUUUUUAAUUAUCGACACUAGUGAUUCGAGAAGCAGAUUAGUAGGUUGCUGUGGAGUUUUUCUGAUGUUGGCUAUUGGUUGUAUAUUUUCGAAUCAUCCUACUGAAAUUAAUUGGAGGACAAUUACUUGGGGUCUUAUAAUUCAAUUUAUUUUUGGUCUUCUCUCUAUUAGAUGGCCUUUCGGUAGAUCUGUUUUCCAAUGUCUUUCUUUAAAAAUUGCCACAUUUCUCGAUUUUGCAAAAGAUGGCGCUAUAUUCAUGUUCUCAGACGAUCUGGUUAGAAGAGAUAACUUUGCUUUUACCGUUUUGCCGGUUUUAUUUUUUUUUAGUUUUGUCGUAAAAAUUUUAUACUAUUUAGGUAUUAUGCAGCGUAUUAUUAAAACUGUUGGGUGGAUUUUACAUGCAGUCAUGGGUACAACAGUUUGUGAAUCUAUACAUGCUGCAACGACUUUAUUUUUAGGAAUGCCGGAAUCAUUCCUUGUCAUCGAGCCAUAUUUAAACAAGCUUACAGGUUCGGAGAUGCACGCAAUCAUGUGUUCUUGUUUUGCCACUACAUCUGGAACGGUAAUGGCUGCAUAUAUAUCCUUUGGUGCUCAGCCAGUACAUUUAAUAACUGCCACCGUUAUGUCAGCUCCAGCGGGACUAUGUUUUGCCAAAUUGUUAUAUCCAGAAAGAGAAGAAAGCUCUACUCAUUUCAAGAAUAUAGUUUUGAAAAAAUCAGAAGAAAAAAGUCUUCUAGAUGCUGCCACGAAAGGAGCAUUAUCUGCAAUUCCGUUAGUGUUAGGUAUUGUUGCUAACAUUGUAGUAUUUGUCUCCGCUGUAGCAUUUUUAAAUUCUGUUCUCGCUUGGUUGGGUACACUUGUCGGAUAUCCUGAAUUAACUUUCGAGUUAAUAUUGGCAAAAACAUUUAUUCCAUUGAGUUACGUCAUGGGUGUACCGUGGGAAGAAUGCGAAGCUGUUGGAACUCUAAUUGGACUAAAAACCAUUGUAAAUGAAUUUGUUGCUUAUCAAAAACUUGGCCAAUUUAAAAGUGAAGGUAGAUUGAGGACCAAAGCCGAAGCAAUUGCGACCUAUGCAAUAUGUGGAUUUGCAAACCCAUCUUCGCUCGGAAUCAUGAUUAGCAGUUUGUCUACUAUGGCGCCAAACAAAAGAAAAGAUAUCUUGGGUUCUGUAUUCCGAGCUUUUAUUGGCGGAUGUGCAGUUUGUUUCCUCACUGCUAGUAUAGCCGGAAUAUUAACUGAUGAAGAGACUUUUGAAUCCCAUGGUCCAUUAUUUCAAUACGUCAGUUUAAAACAUUAAAGAUGACAUUAAGAAAAAAUGCAUCGUUUACAUAUAAAUCUAAAGUUUAUCUUUUUCUGAUCAUCUUGACUUGUAACUGAUUUAUCAUAUUGUAAAA